AUGCCGGCAUACGAUAAUAAAGAUGUUUCUGAACCCCAUCACCAUUUGGAUAUCGAUGUCGGUGCAAUACACGAGGUCGAUUCACCGCAUGCGCUGAAUGAGUCCUUCAGUCUCUGGAGCAGUUUGGGUCUUCAGUACUCAUUGACUUCGACGCCCCUUGCUGUCGGCUCCUACCUUGCAAGUGUCAUUGGAGUAGGUGGAAGUCCUACCUUCAUCUUUGGGUACAUCUUUGCCGUGGGCUGUAAUCUCUGCGUUUGCUUGUCGCUGGCUGAGAUUGCCGCCGUCUACCCUCACUCGUCAGGUCAGAUUUACUGGACUUCAGUCAUGGCGCCCAAGAAAUAUGCGCGCGGCCUCAGCUAUCUAGCUGCUUGGAUUGCCAGCGCUGCAUACUUCUUCCUGACAGCUGCGACAUGCCUUCUCGCCUCCCAACUCAUCUGGGCAUUGGUAGCAGUGGUUAAAACGACAUUCAUUAUACAACCGUGGGAAUACUAUGUCCUCUAUAUUGCCGCAGCAGCCGUCACCUUCGCUCUCAACGCACCGCUUUUCACGCUGUAUCCGUAUAUGCUCAAAAGUAUGGUUAUCUUCAUCAAUACCGGCGCACUCUUUGUGCUCAUCGUGCUCCUCGUCCGCACUCACCCGAAACAAUCUGCAUCCUUCGUCUUUGCCGAUUUCGUCAACAUGACGGGAUGGAAGCCGGAUGGCGUGGUUUUCUUCCUCGGUCUGCUGCCUGGUGCCACUGCUGUCAAUGGCUUCGAAGGUGCCGCUCAUCUCGCUGACGAGAUCCCACACCCUGAGAGGAACAUUCCUCGCGUCAUGUUCGGAAGUGCGCUCAUGAGCGCACUCGCUGGAUUGCCCAUGGUUCUGGUCUACAUGUUCUGCAUUGUCAGCCCAGCCAAUCUCUUGGCCCCUAUCGGAGGGCAACCGAUUGCUCAACUGUUGCUGGAUUCUCUGGACUCUCAGGCCCUAACCAUCAUUACAAUCCUGGUCUAUAUCCUCGUCAUGCUGUGCGCGGCCGUCUGUCUUUUAACCAGCUUUUCUCGCAUUCUGUGGUCUGUGGCACGACAAGGAGCAUUACCACUCUCCGGCUGGGUGGCAAAGGUCAACACAUAUUACGAGCUUCCCGUCAACGCAGUUGCAUCUGGCGUCUUGCUCAUCGUCGCUAUUGGUGCCAUCAUCCUCGGAUCGACCACUGCAAUAAAUGCGAUUCUCGGUGCAGGCAUCGUCAUGUGCUACCUAUCCUACAUCCUCGUGGUCGGAAGCCUUCUUUACACCACCCGAGCGAAAGCGUUCCCUUCGAAGCGUUACUUCAAUCUAAGGCGCAGCGGCAUUUACUUCAACGUCAUCUCAAUGCUCUGGAUGCCCUUCAUUACUGUCUGGUUGUGCUUCCCCACUUACGUUCCAGUAACAGGAUCGACCAUGAAUUAUGCCUCAGCUGUCACAGGGGGUGUUUUCUUCUGCGCCGCGGUCAAUUGGUUCGCGUAUUCGAAGACAAAAUACACAGCUCCAGUGGCAAUGAAUCAGAUUCAGGGCGACUUCUGAGACGGAACAUCGGUGGGAGAUCCGAGGUCGAAAAGCUGACCCUUGCUUUUAUGUUCUUUGUUUGAUGUUACGAUAUAUCUAGUGUCUGUGUUGAUUAUCUCAAAUAUCGAGGUACGAUUGGUGACUGACCAUAUUGCACAAUUUACUUCAGCGUGGCGCAGUACAUAAAAGAAGAAAUUCGUCUCAAUCUAAGUUCAAGACAACCGUGCCUGUGGCUAUGGAACUGCACUACAGCUCAGAAGCCCCGUCUGACUUUUUCACUGGUCCAAACCUAUCAAUAGC